GUGCGAAUCGUGUCACGCGCGUUCCGCCGACGUCCGCCCGCCCACCAGCCUGUCUGCCGCCGCAAACGCCUCGCACCAGUUAAAUUUGAUCGGUUCGCGAUAUUAUAAUAAUAAUUGUUAUCACAAUAUCAAAUACCGUACAGUAAUAAUAAUCGUCACUAUACUAAUAUACCGUACAACCGUCGCCAGAGGAACUGCAAGAAGAGAUGACUAACGAUAUGGAAGUCGGCAAUAAAUCAUUUCAUCUCCGGUGGAAUAAUCAUUUGGAAAAUUUACGCGCCUUGUUCGAAUGUCUAUUUAACGAACAAAUUCUUGUCGAUGUAACAAUUGCUUGUCAAGAUGGCCUAUUAAGGGCGCAUAAGCUAAUCUUGUCUGCGUGCAGUCCAUACUUUGAGACAAUUUUUCAAGAAAAUCCGUGUAAACAUCCUACGGUUAUAAUGAGAGGUGUUACUUUACAUGAGAUGCAGAGUCUGUGCCAGUAUAUGUAUGUAGGUUCCGUUGAAGUACAAGAAAACAGUUUGAGUUCUCUUUUAAAAGUCGCUAGAGAGCUACAAAUUAAAGGUUUGUCAGAAAAAACUGUAUCCAACGAUCAACCGAAACAUAAGCCAACAUUCAAUUAUACACCAAUUAAAUCAUCUGAAACUUCCGACCAAGAUGCUAGUAAUAAGUUUGAAAUGACAAAUGGUAGCACCAGUUCAAUUGAAACCGAUUCCAGGACAUUCCAAGUACCAUGUGAAGAUGAUUCGUCAGAUAAUAAUACAUCUUUCGAGCACUCAGCUAUGUUAAGCCCACAAGUUAUGAUGGAUGAGCAUACGGACGAAAACAAACCCACAAUAUUGUCGCAACCCAAGUACCAGCCGACCCAUGUAGAUUUUCAAGCCUUUUUGGAGGCCCAAAACAAAGUUAACCUAACCGGCUCUGUCGAGUGCCCAACGUGCCAACGGACAUUCCUGAAUAAACAAAACUUGAGGCGUCAUAUGCAAACCCAUUCCGGACUGAAACCACAUCAAUGUUCAUUUUGCAAUCUGUCGUUUUUGAGACUAUCACAUUUGCAACGUCACCACAGGACACAUACUGGAGAACGACCAUUCAUGUGCACAGAGUGUCCAAAGAGUUUCUCGAGGUCAGACAAGUUAAGAUAUCACAUUAUGCAGCAGCACGCCACCAUGGCUCACCUUCCUGGACCUAAGCAGAGAGGUAGACCAAAAAAGUUUGAUUCGCCACCCAGCAACGUGGAUGUGACAAUGGUAGCAAAUAUUCAAAAUUUUGAAGAGCAAUGUGUUCCAGCACCUGUGCAGGAGUUACAAGAGCCAUUGAAUUUGGCUCAUUAGAUCUCUAAACAUCUUUGAAAUGUUUUUUUUUUCUUUUUUUGUAAAUUUUUUGUUCAAAUUAUUGUGUUCUUUACUUAUAAUUUAUUUUAGCGUGUUUGGUUUAAUUCUCAUGUAAAUAAUUAAUGAGUUAAAUUAUAGAUUGUAUAAACUAAAGAUAGAUGCCACCAUUUAGAUAGUGCAUCAUUUAGCAAAUCUAUUUUAUUGAUUUUAAAAAUUGUCUACUUGUAAAUUUGGGUUUUAAAAUCUAAUGCUAUUAUAUGAAGAAUAAAUAUUAUAUAAGUACAUCAUAUUAUACAGUAUUAAAUGUAGGCUUUUCACGGAUGGAUCCAAGGGUUUAAGCUCAUACAAUACAUACAUAUAUACGCAUUUCCAUGAUUAUUUAAUCUAAUUAAUAAAUUACCUAUACAGGUAAUUAACUAAAUUAUAUAUUACAUUAUUUCUAAAUGAUAAUUUAACAAUAAAUGCGAGCAAUGAAGUUGGUACUUAUAUUUUAUUUAAAAAUAUACAAAAUAAAUAUUUGUGUGUCUUACACUCAAAUGAAUGCAACCCCUGAGAGAGUUUUGCUCUGGAUCUGUCUCUAUCGUGUUCUGUUUAUAGUUUAUUUAAUUUAUGUCAUUUGGCAUAAAUCUAGCAUCUAUCAACAGGGCACGAUAGAGACAGAUCCAGAGCAAUUAAGUUUUUAUGGAUAUUCUGGAUCACAUAAAACACUUUUACUGUAAUUACAACAACUUAUACGUAUUGUAUUAUAGAUUUUUUUAUUUACCAUGAUGUAGUUGUAGUAUCAUUGUGUCAAAAAAUAAUUGUGUAAUUUUACCGUUUGAAUUUCUUAUCGACAAUUUUGUAUUUUAUAUUUAGUAUUUAGUCCUAAAAACAUACAUAUUUCUCUUACUAAUGACUAAAGUAUAUCACAAUAUUGUUACUCCAACUUAACCAUAUAAUUACAAAUCACAAUCAAAACUACACAUAAUCUGGUAUUGUUUGUCUCCACUCUUUGAAUUUGGAUUAUUUUUUAUUGUUAGUUGUAUUUUACAUAAUGAUAAACUGACA